CGCUCGAUUUGAGGCCAAAAUCCAUGAUCUGCGUGAACAGAUGAUGAAUCACAGCAUGAGUUCAGGGUCAGGCUCCCUGCGAACCAAUCAAAAGCGUUCUCUCUAUGUCAGAGCCAUGUUUGACUAUGACAAAAGCAAAGACAGUGGCCUCCCAAGCCAAGGACUCAGCUUCAAGUAUGGAGACAUUCUCCACGUUAUCAAUGCCUCUGAUGAUGAAUGGUGGCAAGCAAGAAGGGUCACACUAGAAGGAGACAGUGAAGAGAUGGGAGUUAUCCCUAGCAAAAGAAGGGUGGAAAGGAAAGAGAAAGCACGUUUAAAAACAGUGAAAUUUAAUUCAAAGCCUGGUGUGAUUGAUGCAAAAGGGUCAUUCAAUGACAAGCGUAAAAAGAACUUCAUCUUUUCACGAAAAUUCCCAUUCUACAAGAGCAAGGAGAUGAGUGAGCAGGACACCAGUGACCCUGAACGAGGACAAGAGGACUGCAUUCUGUCCUAUGAACCUGUAACAAGGCAGGAAAUUAAUUACACCAGGCCGGUUAUCAUCCUCGGUCCAAUGAAAGAUCGGAUUAAUGAUGAUUUGAUAUCUGAAUUCCCUGACAAAUUUGGCUCCUGUGUCCCACAUACCACUCGACCAAAGCGUGAUUAUGAAGUGGAUGGUAGAGAUUACCACUUUGUCAUCUCCAGAGAACAAAUGGAAAAGGACAUUCAAGAGCACAAAUUCAUCGAGGCUGGCCAGUAUAACGAUAAUCUGUAUGGAACAAGCGUGCAGUCCGUGAGAUUUGUGGCCGAAAGGGGCAAACAUUGUAUCCUUGAUGUAUCAGGAAAUGCAAUUAAACGACUUCAAGUUGCACAACUCUAUCCUAUUGCUAUCUUCAUUAAGCCUAAGUCCUGGGAGCCCUUGAUGGAAAUGAAUAAACGCCUCACGGAGGAGCAGGCCAGGAAGACCUAUGACCGAGCCAUGAAAUUAGAACAAGAAUUUGGAGAAUAUUUUACAGCAAUCGUCCAAGGAGAAACCUUAGAAGAUAUCUAUAACCAAACCAAACUUGUAAUUGAAGAACAAUCGGGACCUUUCAUCUGGAUUCCUUCCAAGGAAAAGCUAUAAAGUAGCUGACUCAACUCUAAUUACAACGGAGAAGUAUUUAGAAGAAAAUUUAAUCCUAACUUAUUUGGAAGCUUUGGGGAGGGCAGGGGGAGUUAUUUUCACGUUUUGCUGUCAAUGUGAUUUUUUUUUUCUCUCUGAACAUACAACACAAACUGUUCGAAGCCAUGAAGGACACUGAUUUGGUCAUAAAGGGGAAAGAAAAAAGAAAAACAUUUUUUUUAAAAAAAGUCUGCCAUAUUAAGUCUCUCUCUCUCUCUCUCUC